AUGGCAACUCACUCUCAAAAUGCCCUUCUCCUUCCCUUGCUAAUGACUAUUCUUCUAAUCUUCCCCAACGGCGGCGCAGCGAUGAUCCCGGCCAAGUACGAGCCUAUCGACAACCCCGAUGAUCCCCACAUCCAGGCUCUCGCCAUGUUCGCCGUAAGGCAGCACAAUAAAGAAUCUGGUGAGACGCUGUCCUUGACUCGCGUCCUUGGUGGGCAGCAACUGGUGAUGAAGGGGAGUGACUACCGGCUGGUGAUUGGCGCCGAUGGGAACAGCGGUGCGGAAGACCUCUACUUGGCCGUUGUCUACGAGAAUGCUUGGAUGCACUACCGGGAUCUCACGGCCUUCAAUAUCAUCGCGUAA